AAUAGCAAAGCAGGGGCGCCCCCCGGCUCUGCUCCUCGCCUUUACCCUACUCUUCAAAAUCCCAUAGCAAAAAGAGUGAAGCGCUUCAUCGCUUCUAAGUAUCAGAAACUGGAAAAUAAGCAAUGAUAACUCGAAUCCCUCUCUCUCACAAAUCCCCUUCAAGGUACGUUUCAUCAUUCUCAUUUCUUCCCUUUAAAUUCUUUUGCUCUGAUUCCGACCCUCUCCUAAACAACAACGUUGACACCGUCUACAGCAUAAUAACUAGCUCUAGCUCUUCAAAAAACUUGACCCAGUCCUUAAAAUCAACUGGGAUUUUUCUCUCAAACGAAUUAAUCGAUAAAGUACUAAAAAGGGUCAGGUUUAGCCAUGGGAAUCCUUUACAAGCUUUUGAGUUCUUUAAACAUACAGGGAAAAGAAAAGGGUUUUAUCACACUGCCUUUUCUUUGGAUACCAUGCUUUAUAUUUUGGGUAGGAGCCGUAAAUUUGAUCAAAUUUGGGAGGUUUUAAUUGAUAUUAAGAGAAAAGAUCAGUCUUUGAUAACCCCAAGAACUAUGCAAGUUGUUUUAGCUAGAAUUGCUAAGGUUUGUUCGGUUAGAGAGACUGUAGAAAGUUUCAGGAGGUUUAAGAAGCUUGUUUCUGAAUUCGAUACAGCUUGUUUUAAUGCUUUAUUAAGGACAUUGUGUCAAGAGAAAAGUAUGAAGGAUGCUAGGAAUGUUUAUCAUAGUUUAAAGCAUGAUUUUCGCCCUAAUUUGCAGACUUUUAAUAUACUUUUGUCUGGGUGGAAGUCCUUGGAGGAAGCGGACGGGUUUUUCGAGGAAAUGAGGGAAUUGGGUGUUAAGCCUGAUGUUGUUUCAUAUAAUUGCUUAGUUGAUGUGUAUUGCAAGGGUAGAGAAAUGGAUAAGGCUUAUAGGGUGGUUGAAAAAAUGAGAGAUGAGGAACUGUGGCCUGAUGUGAUCACAUACACAAGUAUUAUUGGGGGUUUAGGAUUGGUUGGUCAGCCUGAUAAAGCUAGAGAUGUUUUGAAGGAAAUGAGGGAGCAUGGAUGUUACCCAGAUGUUGCAGCGUAUAAUGCUGCCAUUAGAAAUUUUUGUAUUGCGAAGAGGCUUGGCGAUGCUUAUAGUUUGAUGGAUGAAAUGGUCAGAAAGGGGUUGAGUCCCAAUGCAACUACUUACAAUCUCUUCUUUAGGGUCUUUUAUUGGUCGAAUGAUUUGAAAAGCUCAUGUAGUUUGUAUCAGAGGAUGAUGGAUUCUGGGUGCCUGCCUGGUACACAAUCUUGUAUGUUUCUAAUUAGGUUGUUUAGAAGGCAUGAAAAGGUGGGGAUGGCACUGCAGUUGUGGAAUGACAUGGUGAAGAAGGGUUUUGGGUCUUAUGUUUUGGUGUCUGAUGUGUUGUUUGAUCUGCUUUGUGACAUGGGGAAGCUGGUGGAAGCAGAAAAGUGUUUCUUGGAGAUGAUAGAGAAGGGCCAUAAACCUAGCAAUGUUUCUUUCAGGAGGAUCAAGGUGCUCAUGGAACUAGCAAACAAGCACGAGGCUAUUAAAAACUUGAAAGAGAAGAUGGCCAUUUUUGGGUCUUCAAGUCAACUUUCUGGGGCGGAGGGGAAUCUUACAGAAGCAUUAGAUUUGGACUCUCUUAACGUAAAUCAUGCAAGAACUAACUAAUGUGGCAAUGAUGGUGGUACUAUCAUUCCUAAGUGCCUUUUUUAGACCAUCAAGAAGAUGCAGCAUAUUAAGAUUAAAUGAGCGCUGAAUACUGCAUUUAUCUUCAUAUUUCUUGGGUUGGUGCUGCAGUCCAUUACUGAGCACCGGCUACCUUUUGACUUGUUUUUAAUCUAGUUAUGUGUUUUUCGUUAUGAUGUGAAUGGAUCUGGCACUUGAAGGAGGGGCUAAUACUACCUGGUAUUAUUAAGCUGUGAACUUUUGGUCGAGGUAGAAGAUGUGGUCUCAUUUCUUAUUUCACAAUUGCUGGGGAAUUAUUUUGUAUUGUCAUACUUAUUUGCUUUUCUCAAAGAGAGAACUAUUUUGGAAGUUGAUCUCAAUCUCUAUUUUUCGCUAGGAAUUCUCAAGUAGCAUUUGGAGCUGUUAGUCCCACUGGAUGUGAAGAAACUAACAUUUGAAGCAUUUCCUCUAUUAUUUUUCUUGAACUCUGGAGCAGUAGGGGUGUCUGAUUUCUCUUAUCUUUUCUUGCUCUCUAACCUCAAAUUGCCUCUGGAUUUUGCAAAUAUGAUUCCUCUAUGUGGGGUUAUUGCAUUUCAGCUAUUUCCAGCAAGCUGGUAAAAGACCUUGUUUAGUAGUUGCCUGGGCCUAAAGUGGGAAUAUUUCAAGUUACCUUUAAUUUAAACCUUCUUUUCUCUAGAUUUUGAAGCACAAGAACGGUGGAAGCCCGGAUUUGAAACUUUUAUAGACUUCAUCUGACUGUCAUCUAAAAUUGAUGCUCAGCCAGCAUUUUUAUCCUCAGAAAGUUAGCUAUUAUUGGGUAAUUGCAUUGUCACAUCUUCAUCUACAAUGAUGCUCAAGAUGCUCAUUCUAUGCAUCAGUCGCUUCCGUCAUCACUUAAACGCUCUUUCACUUGAUCAAACAUUAUUGGUGUUGUUUACCACCCUUGUGCUCAUUUGCUGUGAUAGGAUAAACCUGCACUGCAUUAGGUGAUUUAUAUUAUAAAACUGUUGAUGCCAUUCAUUGUUGAGAAAAACGCACCUUUUUCGUUUUGUCCAUUUUUACCAUUAGAAUGUUUAUGCUUGACCUUAAAAAAAUUGAUGGACAACUCAAAGCGGAUCUCAGAUAUGCGUCAAAUAUUUCUGUCGGGGAAUUUUUCUUGAAUGAAACGAUUUUCGGAUGAACUAUCAAUAUGCAGAGAAGAUUGGGAUGUCUGCAAAACUUAUUGAACCUUGUAUGCUACGUCUUGGCUUUUUUCCUACACGCAGGUUUUUGUGGGACAUCCGCAAUUAACUUGCCUUAGUAUUCUCCAUUUCUCAUUCGUCACCUUGGAAGCCUCGCCAAGUAAUUGCGACUAUUUUCUUAUUCAUCAUACCUCAAUUGAUCGGGUCCUCGGAUUUUCAGAUG